UCAGCACCUUGCCUUGCAGAUAAGCUUCGACAGCAUGUAAAGAGUUCAAUCGUGGUGGCGAGAAAACGUGGUGUCGUGUAACGUCAGCUUCAGGUAUCGAAGCUUUAUAUAUAGCAGAUCAUUUAACCCACUCUGUGAUCUAGGCUGCAGAUAAGGUUGUUUUCCAACAUGGCCACAACAACCGCAGUCGAAACCGUGCCCGCGGGGAAAAAGAAGGUCGUGCUCAAUACCUUUGAUGGUCCGACUUACAGACUGGUGUCUACAAGCCCACCCAAGAACUGCACGCUCGACGACGUGCCUAUUAUCGACUUGAGCGGGCUCACAGGCGACUUUGACGCCCAUAAAGCGAUCGCUCAGGAAAUUCUAAGUGCUGCCAAAAACAGCGGAUUCUUCUACAUCAAGAACCACGGCAUCCCCGAGCAAGUGAUUGAAGCGGCUCAUCAAAAGGGAAUAGAGUUCUUCAAGCUUCCCGAGAAGGAGAAGCGGAAGCUCACCUCCAACACCUCAGCCUAUGGAUACACCGGCUUCCGGGAACGGCAGGCCAACCCGGGCGAGACCAAAGAUAGGAAAGAGGCCUUCCUCUGUCACUAUGAACCCGAAUUCGAUCCCAUCCACGAGGGCCGGCUCGACCAGGUUCCCGCGAAUGUCAGAGCGCACUUGCCGCGGGAGGACUUUGUUUGGACCGACGACGGCGACUCUGCCGUCCUUCCGGACUUCAAGGCCACAGUGUUAACGCACUGGCGCGAGUGUCUGGCCCUCUCGCGCCGUCUUAUCCGUGUCAUUGCUCUGGCCCUUGACCUGCCGGAAAAUUAUUUCGACUCCCUGACAACCUAUCCAGGCGGCGACUUCGCGAUUAACUUUUAUCCGGGUCACGGCGACGAGCCGGUCCAGGACCCAGACGAGGUCGGCGUCGGCGCACACACGGACUUGCAAAUCUUGACUCUUCUGUGGCAAGACAGCCACCGAGGACUGCAAGUGCUCAACAGCGCGGGGGAGUGGAUGUGGGCGCCGCCGAUCCGCGGCACGUUUGUUGUCAACAUUGGCGACUUCUUGAUGAGAAUGACAAACGAUAGGCUCAAGUCGACUGUUCACCGCGUCGUGCAGCACGGCAGGGAGGACAGGAUCUCCAUGCCCUUCUUCUUUGGAUUCAAUUUCGACCGGGAGCUUGCCGUCCUGCCGACCUGCAUUGAUGAAAAUAGCCCGGCAAAGUACGGACCGGUGACGUGCGGUGAGCUCAUCGCCAAACGUUUAGCCCUGGCAAAAGUCGAAAUAUCACAAAGUAGCAAGGAGUCUGUAGUUGUGGAUUAGGCGUGGACGAGAACUUAUGCUUCGAAUUAUGAGCGGUCUAGACUCCAAGUUGAAUAGAGCGGCCUCGAACUAUGGCGGGAACUCUGGCAAAAUGCAACAGAUAAUCAGCAGUGAAACCUUAAAAGAGCAAGCUAGAGCCCUGAUACUUCGCGCGCGGCAUAUUUCCUCUGAUCAAGAUGAACU